AUGGCUUCUACCACCAGUGCCGAUGCCAGCUCGUCCCCACCAGCAUCAACCUGUACCAUUUGCAACUUCCCAGCAAAAGACUGUGCACGCUGCAAGUCCGCCGCCUACUGUUCUUCCGAAUGUCAAAUCCUCGAUUGGCCUCUCCACAAAAUCCUUUGCAAGGAGAUCACCAGAAUGCCUCCUCGUCCAAGUCCCGCCCACAAGCUUGGCAUUUUGUUUUCACCCGACUUUAAACGCCCAGAAUUAGUAUGGGUAAACUUCAACAAGAUCGCAAUUCCUGGUGUCGAAGGGCAGUUUGACCUACCAGAUGUCGAUGAAUUCCUCACUUAUGGCUCAGGAGAUUCUUAUGAUUCCGAACAACUCCUUAUUAAGCCUCAGUGGAUCAUGCGAGCACGAAAUAUCAAACACACUCUUGCUGUUUACAUGCGAGAUAAUUUUGGAUCUGACGGAUCAAAGAUGACGCAGUCUGCGAGCUCAAUCACGGCUGGCAAGAUGAAGCAUGCUUGGAAAGGACCUCUCGUUGUUGUUGCUAUGGAGGGGAAUUCUGCUCCUCAGAGCAGAACGUUGAAGAUAGGGGGAGUGUCUCUUAGUGUUGGGACUUAUGUUGCUUUCCAGAGGAGCAUUGACAUCACAUUAAGAGAUUUCAGGGUUGUCCAUGAUUAUUUUCUGGCUUAUCCACAUGAAUCGGAGAGUAAGCUCACUCUGAAGGAUCAAUACGGAAACACUGUGAUAUAA